AUGUGGGAAACAAUAAUGUCUCAUAAAGAGGCAUUCAUUGAACCGAAGUCUAAAUUGGAAUUGAAAACGGUACUAUUGCAAUUUAGGCAAAAAGUGAGGGAAAGCAGAGGUAUUGGUGCUAUCUUAUUUGCUGUUUGUAGAGCUAAGGUAAGCGAAGGAAUCGAUUUCUCAGAUAAUGAAAGCCGUGGUGUUAUUGUAGUAGGUAUUCCGUAUGCUCCAACAACAAAUCCUAGAAUUGAACUUAAAAAACAAUUUCUUACCAAACAAAGGAUAGGUAUUGCAAAGGAGGAGUUGAAAAAAAAUAUAUCAGCUGAUGAAUGGUAUCAAGUGGAUGCAAUUCGUGGUGUGAAUCAGUCAAUUGGACGCGUUCUUCGACAUAAAGAUGAUUUUGGUGUUGUCGUUCUUGUUGAUUCGAGGAAGAUAUCAUCAGCUAUGGAAAUGGCGCCCGGAUUCGUUUGUCACAAGAAGCAGCAUGAAAUCCUGGAACAGAAGGCAAACAGUGAGGGUUUGCCUUUCGAUAUCGAUACGCUCUACUCUUCUGAAGCGGUAGCAGCAUUUGAAAAAAGUAUUAGCGUCGAAGAAACUGUACUAAAACGUCCAAAAAGAAAAUGUAUUUUUGAGGAAUUAGAAGAAGCGAAAAAGAUGAAUGAAUUAAUUGAUAUCAAUCACUCCACUGAUAUCGAUGACAGUAAUAUUCAGUCAGGCACCGGCUUAAUAGUACAGAAAACUAGAACUAAACUGCGCUUGCGGCCGAAUGUUUCACUUUUGCUCAAGGACGAGUGUCACCCAGAGAAUGGCAAGUGCGAGAAAAAGAUGAAAGAAUAUAAAUCGUUAUCGAUAUUGCAAUCUGAUGCAGAUGUAAUGGCUGCUUGGCAAAAAUCUGCGGUAAAAUACAACAAACUCCUUCAAUCGAUUGAGAAAUCGAAAUGUAUAACCCUAAAAAUGGCAUUAACAAAUUAUGCAGCGGAUAAUAAUUUUCAAACAUUGAUUUCAACAUUUACUGCGGAAACUGUGCCAAACCAUUUGGAAAUUUUCAAAGGUCUAUACGGUUAUUUGCAUGAGAAUCAUCGGCCUAAAUUCGUAAAUAUAUGUCGUCAACUCAAGCUUCUAUAA